GUUGUUGUUUUGUUUAUUUUUUGUUCGAAUUAACAUAAGUUUCUAGUUAAAUUUCGAUUGGGAAGAAUUAGGGCUAGAUGUUGUAUUCAGAUUUUUAAUUUAAAGAAGAAAAAAAUUGAGGCGUGGGAUUGCGUUGUGCAUUCAAUUAGGGUUUAUGGGUUUAUGGAAAUUUGGGGUUUUUGGGUUGGGUUUAGGAAGCUGAUGUUCCAAUAAUUGGCAUUUGGUUUGAAAAUUAGUUUGCCUAUUCUAGUCAGGUUUUAUUAUUUAUGUAGCACUAUGGAUUAUCCAAUUGCAUGAUUGUUACCAUCGUGAUUGAAAUUUAAUCUCGUUCAACAGUUAUUCAAGUCAGGUUUUAUUAUUUAUGUAGCACUAUGGAUUAUCUUAUUGCAUGAUUGUUACUGUCAUGAUUGAAAUUCAAUCUUAUUCAACAGUUGCAACAAAGGGAAUCACCCAGACAUUUUCCUGUGUAGUGCAUGACAGAGCCUGCAUGUUAUAAUUUUUGACACCUUAUCUGGUGCACUUUGUGGCUUGCCAAAUUGCUGAGAUGGCCAAUAACCCUCAAUUUUCUGGCGUGCAGCCUCCUCCACCUCCUAUAGUUGGCUCUAUGGAUCCUAUUCGAAAUUUUGCACCUCCCAUGCCUGUUCAGUUCCGACCUGUUGUUCCAGCACAACAGCUGCAGCAAUUUGUUCCAGUGGCUCCUCAACCCUUUCAGCAUGUUUCUCAAGGAGUUACUGCGAUGGGUACUGGGUUUCCUCCUCAAACUCAGCAACCACAAUUUACUCCAUUAAUGCAGCAGUUGCCAGUAAGACCUGUCCAACCAGGCCAUGUCCCAGCAGCACCACAGUCAAUUCCACUGCCACCUGUGCAGCCAAACAUGCAUGUUACUUCUGGAGCACUGCGGCCUCAACCAAAUGCUCAAACUCCAAAUAACUACACACCUGGUUUUGCACCAUCUUGUUAUGGCCAGGUGCCAGUAUCAGUUAAUGCUGCACCUCAAUAUCAACCUGUGACUGUGAGUCAGAUGCAUGCAACAAGCAUUCCUGCUGGAGGCCAGAUGACGGUAUCUGUUAGCCAGAGCAAUGUUUCUUCAACACCUCUGCUGCAAACCAGUGAACAACCAUCAGUUACCACAUCCUCUGUACCUGCAGCUAGUAUUCAACCUAGGUCCACUGAAGAGGCUUCAACAGAUUGGAUAGAGCAUACUUCUGCCAAUGGAAGGAGAUAUUAUUACAAUAAGAGGACAAGACAAUCUAGUUGGGAGAAGCCAUGGGUGUUGAUGACGCCAAUUGAGCGGGCUGAUGCAUCCACUAACUGGAAAGAGUUUACUAGUCCUGAUGGAAGAAAGUAUUACCAUAACAAGGUUACAAGUCAAUCAACCUGGUCAAUCCCAGAGGAACUGAAGUUGGCCCGUGAACAAGUAGAAAAGGCAUCUGCCAAAGCAACACAGUCAGAAAUGUUCUCUUAUAUUUCAACAUCAGUUCCUCCUGUGGUUAAAGUUCCAGCUGGUGGUGAUACAUCAUCUGCAACAGUUCAUGGAGCUGAAUCAAGCCCAGUUCCAGUAGUACCUGUUGCUGCUACAAGCAACGUGGAACCUAAAGCAGUUUCUGGAUCAUCAACUUCUCCUAUUGGCUCUUCAACCAUCGUAGCAAAUACAGAUGGAGUUCAGAAAAUUGCAGAUACUGUUGUAUCUCCUAAUGCUACCUCAGAUAGUGUUGGAGUUUCUGUUGCCAUUGUCAAUUCUGCUGUGGCACCAAUGGAUAAUUCCAGCAAUGCUCCGGUUCUGGAUGUUCUUAGUUCUACAGAUGGAGUUUCUUCUCAGAAUGCAGAGGAAAAAGCAAAAGAUGUAGUAGUGGGUGAGAAAGUUAACAGUCCAUUGGAAGAGAAAGCAACUGAUCAAGAGCCUGUUACUUAUGCCAAUAAGCAAGAUGCUAAAAAUUCAUUCAAAGCACUUUUGGAAUCUGCAAAUGUUGGGUCUGAUUGGACAUGGGAUCAGGCCUUGAGAGUAAUAAUUAAUGACAAAAGAUAUGGUGCUUUGAGAACACUUGGUGAGCGGAAGCAAGCUUUUAAUGAGUUCUUGACACAAAAGAAAAAGCAGGAGGUUGAGGAAAGGCGAACUAAACAGAAAAAGGCACGAGAAGAAUACAAAAAAAUGUUAGAAGAUUCUACGGAGCUGACAUCAUCCACAAGAUGGAGCAAAGCACAAACCAUGUUUGAAGAUGAUGAGCGGUUCAAAGCUGUUGAGCGGGAAAAAGAUCGCAAGGAUCUGUUUGAGAAUUACAUUGAGGAACUCAGACAGAAAGAAUGGGCAAAGGCACAGGAGGAGCGCAAGCGGAAUAUUGUAGAGUACAGGCAGUUCUUGGAAUCUUGUGAUUUUAUUAAGGCCAGCAGCCAGUGGCGAAAAGUUCAAGACCUCUUAGAGUCUGAUGAAAGAUGUUCACGUCUUGAAAAACUUGAUCGCGUGGAAAUAUUUCAGGAAUAUAUUCGUGAUUUAGAAAAGGAAGAGGAGGAGCGGAGAAAGAUACAGAAGGAAGAACUGAGGAAGGCAGAGCGUAAAAAUCGUGAUGAGUUCCGUAAAUUGAUGGACGGAGAUGUUGCUUCAGGCACUCUUAAUGCCAAAACCCACUGGCGUGAUUAUUGCACAAUGGUUAAGGAUUUGCCUGCCUUUAUGGCAGUUGCAUCAAACACUUCAGGUUCAACUCCAAAAGAUUUGUUUGAAGAUGUAGCUGAGGAGCUACAGAAACAGUACCAUGAGGAUAAGGUUCGUGUAAAAGAUGCAGUAAAGUUGAGAAAGGUUUCAUUUUCAUCAACUUGGACACCUGAAGACUUGAAGGCUGCCAUUUUGGAGGAUGUUAGCUCUCCACCUAUAUCAGAUGUUAACUUUAAGUUAAUUUUUGAUGAGUUGCUUGAAAGAGCCAGAGAGAAGGAAGAGAAAGAAGCUAAAAAGCGUAAACGUCUUGCUGAUGACUUUUCUAACCUACUGCACUCGAUAAAGGAACUUAAUUCAUCUUCAACAUGGGAGAAUUGCAAACAUCUUUUCGAAAGUAGUCAAGAGUUCAGUUCCAUUGGAGAUGAAAUCUUCUGCAGGGAAAUUUUUGAUGAAUACAUAAUGCAGUUGAAAGAAGAGGCGAAAGAGAAUGAACGAAGACGGAAGGAGGAAAAGGCGAAGAAGGAAAAAGAUAGAGAGGACAGAGAAAGGAGGAAGGCUAAGCAUGGAAGGGGAAAGGAGAAUGGGCAUGAAAGAGAAAAGGAUGAACACAAUAAGGAUGGAGGUAAUGAUGAUAUGGUUGAAAUUGAUACCUCUAAUGAGAAUAAGAGAUCAGGAAAAGAUGACGAUAGAAAACAUCGCAAGCGACACAAAAGUUCGGUUGAUGAUUUCAAUGAAAGUGAGAAAGACCGAACUAGGCAUUCUCACCGACAUAGCAGUGAUCGAAAAAAGUCAAAACGGCAUGCAUCCACACCUGAAUCAGACAGUGAAACUAGGCAUAAAAGGCAUAGGAGAGAGCAUCGGAAUGGUUCUCGUAGAAGUGGUGAUCAAGUGGAGCUUGAAGAUGGGGAGUUUGGUGAGGAGAGGGAAAGUCGGUAGUUAUCUCUUCCUAUAAAUUUCUAAUUCCUUUUUUCUUCUCAUCAUAUCUAUUUUUUGAGGGGACUUAUAAUCAUCUUUAUUGUAUUUGGAUGUUGAUCAUAUUGUAACUGUGGCAAUGUUGUAUUAGUAUCAUAUUUGGUUUUUGGUUUAUAAGCAGCAGCGAGUGGCAACUUUAUGUGUUUAGAUUAAAUGCUUGAUUAUUCCCCAUAAAUGCUUAAAACUGAAUUUUACACAUGCAAUCAUUUCAGUGGAAUAAUUGAGAAUUAAUGUUGUUGUUAUGACUUUCUCAAUGAUGAAAAGAUUUCUUCAUGGAUGUUUCAUAAAGUUAAAGAAACAAAAAUAUCAAGUUUCAUUACUGUGGUUUUUUUUGGCAGAUUAGUUAUGAUUUGCUUAUUCUUCUAUGAGGCAUACAUUCUUUGAGUAGCAUAUUCUUGUUGGUCCCCCUGAGCCUUAAUCAUUUUGUUGGUAUCAUAAUCUAUAAAGUAUUUCUUAGUCUUCCACCUCCUAAAAAUUAGGAGCCCCAUCCCAAAACUACACAGUUUCAAUAAACAGUAUUUAGCUACUUCCUGAAAAUUGCAUGGUUCCAAAUAAAUACCCUUUUGGCCCCCCUUCCAAAACUAUGUGGUUUUUGGGAGGGGUUGAAGAGUGUUUUUGAAACAACGUCGUUUUGAAUUGAGGGGACUAGUAAUUUUUGUGAGGUGGGACUAGUAAUUUUUGUGAGGUAGGACUAACAAAUACAUUUUUCUGCAUUGCUUAUGGACAGUUGUACAUAUUAUUCAUCUCUAGCUGUUUAAACACAAGGUACAUGAAGCAAAAUUGUGCUGGUCUAUAUUCCCUCCCUCAUUUGCCUCUUUCUGUUUGCCAUUGUUAGUAAGCCUUUCUCCUUUUAUGCCAUGGUCAACUUCACAAUAAAAAACAUCAAUAUAUAGCUAUUUACCUGUUAUUGAUUGAUGAAGUUGAAUUUGACACAAAGAAAUGAGAAUGGAGAGU